AUGUUCGAAUCACCGCUUAAAAUUAUAUUGGGAUCCGUUCUUUUUCUUGCAUCUUCAACUGGAUUAUUGCUCAAUCUUACCGUAGUUUCUCCAGUUUUUCAACUUGCUUUUGCAAGGGAUAAAAGUUCGAUUUAUGUGAUUUCAAGUGUCAAUAUUGUGAAUGAUAUUGCUCAUUUAAUAAUCACAACUUUCUAUCUGGCACCCACUAUAACUUUGAAUAGUUUCAUAGUUUCCGAAGAAAGAAAUAACAACCUUACCGUAUUCAUUUCCUUUAUUUUCAUGGUUCUAUGGUACAUUGGUAACAUCACACAGAUUGUAAUGGCGGUUAACAGAUGGGCCGUAAUUUGUAUUCUUCGAUCAUCGAUUUUCACAAAAAAGAAUCUUCUGAUUUGUUUUGCCUUCACAUUUUUAUUCGCAACUGUGAAAGGUUACCUGAUUCAGUAUGAGUUUCCAUGCUGCGCAUUCCUGGUAGAUCAAUCUGUACUUUCCUAUUCAUACUUUCAAAUCGAAAACAUCACAAACUUCACGGAUCAAAGUGAUAUCCCACUAAAUGCGCUGAGCUCUAUCAUCCCUGUUAUUUGUUACACUUGGAUAUUCUACACUAUCAGAAGUGCAUCUCAAUCUAUCACUCCUGACAUGAGAACAGGAAACCAGAAGAGAAGAGGACUUCAGGAACUAUCCUAUGCAAUGCAAUUCUGUCUGAUAUCAUUGUUCUACACUUUCUCCUGGAUCAUGUUCCGUAUUUUUCCUAUAAUUUUCAACGGGAGACAAAUCGAAUGGUUCAUUUUAACCUCGUUGUGCCACGUACUCAAUUGCAGUGCCAAUGCAUUUGUCUAUCUUGUCUUCAACCAAGAGAUACGCAGAAGACUAUCCGAAAGCCGCUUUUUCCGAUUAACCGGCAUGCGAACAUCGGAUCAUACUUCUCAUGAGCAGCAUACUCAAUCGAAGAUUCAUACUAUUCCCAUCCCAAGUGCUCGCACACAUUGA